AUGAUAAAAUAAUACAAUAUAUAGCUAUUAUUCCCUGAUUUAGAAGAGUGGCAUUAUGAAUAACUUUCAGAGGUGUAUCAAAGCCCAAUUCUGCAAUAAUAUCACAUGCUAAUUCAGCAAAUUAAGACCAAGUUUCCUAUACCUAAUCAAAUAAAUGAGUAUGAAUUUCCGACUCAAGACAAUGCGAUUGAAUUUUUUAAAAACUAUAAGCCGAUCAUCCUUGAUUUGAGUUAGGCUUAAGAUAUCAAAAUCAAACUCUAUAAAAACGCAGCAUUUUUUGGAAGCAUAGUUGACGGACUUCGAUAAGGAUAAGGCAUCUUAAUAAAAUAAACAUUGCAAUUGUACGAAGGUGCUUUUGAAAGGGACAAAAAGGAAGGAAUAGGAUUUGAAGUCCUCAAAAACAAUUCAUACUAUUACGGGAACUAUGUAAAUGGAUUACCUUAAGGAGAGGGAGUGUUUUGGUCAAGAAGUUUUAAAUACGUUGGUCAAUGGCAUUAGGGCAAAAAACAUGGGAUUGGAUGGUAUUAAGGGAUUCAUUCAGACUAUUAUUUGGGUCAAUGGCAGAAUGGAAGAUGUUAUGGAUUCUGUUUACAUGUUAAUGGCUGCAUAUAUGUGGGUGAGGUAAUCAACGACCUGAAGCAUGGUUUGGGUAAGGAGUACUUGGAGAAUGGUGAUUCUUACAAUGGUGAGUAUCGUAAUGGAAAACCAAAUGGAAAAGGGGAGUAUUAUUGGAGCAAUGGAAAUUAUUAUCAAGGAGAAUUUGAUAACGGGUUAAGGAAUGGAUAUGGAACUUGGUAAAGUUAGACAAAUAAUGGGAUAAAUCGAUAUAAAGGAUAUUAUGCAAAUGAUAAGAAAUGCGGCGAAGGCACUUUUGAAUAUGCCAAUGGUACACUAUACACUGGGAAUUUUAUGGAGGACAAAAGGUGUGGAUAUGGAUAGAUUGUUUGGACUGACAAGGCAAUUUAUAAGGGGUAUUGGAGAGAAGGUUUGAUGGAUGGAGAAGGAGUUUAUUAGUACGAUUAAUUGAUUUUGAAAGGGAAUUGGAAGUAGAACUAACUAGAUUCUUUUGAUAAUGUUAGGGUUUCAUUGAAUGAUUUUCCUUAAUAACACAGAGUUAAAGAGAUAAUAGACAACUAGGAAAUAUAAUCAAGAAUAGCUGAAGAGCCUGAUUUGGAUGCGAUUGGAGAUCAAUUCUAAAAGGAUAUUUUUGGGUCUAAAGCGGAGACUGUAGCUCAAAAUAUCUCCCAUAAUACUAGUCAUCAUGAUAUGUAAUUCCAUCCAAAACAACCUAUACUUCAAAAAUAAUUUGAUUUGUUGAGUCUAUUGGAUUAGGAGCUACAAGUUUAAUCUUUGGAAAUGACAUAGAGGUAACAUAGUUCAAGUGUUGCUAUCUAAACUGAAUCCAAAAAAUAAUUUUUGCCUAAAUUGAACAUGAAUAAGAAACAUCCAACUCAAUACAAUAUUAAUCACUCAUUCCAAGAUUAGAGUAGUAAAAAUAGUGCUCACUUCCAAAGUGUCGGAUUGUCAGGAUCUCCAAAGGCGAAGGGCAUCAACAGUUUUCAUAACACGGAGAGAAUAUAAGGGUAUGGACGGGGGCAGUCAAAUCGAUCAGUGCAAGGUAGGAGUAAAAGGAAUAAGCAAGUGCUAUUGUCAUAAAAGGAAUAAAAUUUAUGGGCUUUAAAAAUGAAUAAACUAAAAUUAAGUCCAACUAAAUAUACCAAGCUUUGGAGUCAUGAUGUUGUUAAUUAAAUUAAAUAGUUUCUGUAUCCUCCUGUUUGGAAACCUCCUUCUCACAUAGCUUGA